GUGACAUUUCGCAUUUAGUGACAUUUUAAUCUUAUCAUUGCGAAUUAUAAUAAGUCAAAAUCAGUCAGGACUCAGAGCGGUACACCUUAUCGAUGUACCAAAUCAUGUAAUUCAUGUGUUAAAUGGUCAAACUAUUUAUUAUAAAAUAAAACAAAAUGCGCUGUGGAGUUAUAUUAUUUUUUACUUUAAUAUUAAGUGCCUAUGCUUGGAAUGAUGAUGAUUUAGAAGUUUUCGACGUGGUUGAAGAAGUGAAUCAGAAUUUUUAUGAAUUAUUGGGAGUUUUAAAGGAUGCUUCACAAUCUGAAAUCAAAGCAGCCUUCAAAAGGCUAACAUUAAAGCUUCAUCCGGAUAAAAACGACGCUCCUGAUGCAGAUGUUCAGUUUAGGAACCUAGUGUCGGUUCAUAACAUUCUUAAAGAUCCAGGAAAACGAGAGAAGUAUAAUGAGGUCCUCAAGAAUGGUCUUCCAAACUGGAGGUCUGCAGUUUAUUACUAUAGACAUGUGAGAAAGAUGGGCUUGGCCGAGGGUUCGAUAAUACUUUUCGUAAUCAUAACAUUUGGACAGUAUGCUGUUGGGUGGGCUGCAUAUUUAGAAAAGAGGUAUACAGCUGAGCAUAUCUUAAAUAGUCGGGGUAAGAAGUUUUUCAGAAAGACAGGCUUUGAUACUGGUAUAGCAGAAAUAUUAGAAAAGUUACCAAAACCUAGUAUAAAGGACACUCUACCAUUUCAAAUACCGAGAGCAAUUUGGUGGUCUAUCACAGCGAUACCUUAUUGUAUAACCGAAUUAAAAAGAAGGAGGAUAGAGAAGAUUGAAGAGGAGAAGAGGAAAAAGAGAAAGGAAGAAGAAGACCGUAUCCGUGCGGAGCGUGAAGCGGCGGCAGCGGAGGCCCGCGCAGAGGCCAGCAGCGCCGCGCGCAGGCGCAGGGCCUUCGUGCCGCCCGCCAGGGACUGCCUGCUGGACCCGGCCUCGGAGCCGGACGAUGUAGCUCCGGUGGCUGUUCCCGUUAAACCUGCACCUCCAGUGAUAUCGGGAGGUCUCUGGACGGACGAUGAUUUGGUGGAACUAGUCCGUCUAGUUAAGAAGUACCCGCCUGGUGCAGCUGAACGUUGGGAGAGGAUAGCCGAGGCUAUGUCGAGGAGUGUUCCUGAAGUUACUCACAUGGCUGCCAAGCUUAAGGAGAAUUGCUACAAGUUACCUGGCCAAGAUCAAGCCGAAGAAACACCUCCUGAACCACCUAAAAAGGUCAAGACCCGUAAGGCGGAGGAGACAAGCGGUGGCAACUGGUCUCAGACUCAGCAGCGCGCGCUGGAGGCCGCCCUCGCCAAGAGUCCCAAGGGAGCGCCCGGGGACCGCUGGCAGAAGAUCGCGAACGCCGUGCCCGGGAAGACCAAGGAGGAGUGUAUGCAGAGGUGCAAAUAUUUAUCAGAGAUGUUAAGAAAACAGAAGCAGAAGGAAGAAGAAACCCAAAAACUAAACGCGGAAUCUUCCAACGAAAAUGAUAAUCAGAUUGAUGAAGAAGAGUAAAAUGUAUUAACUAAUCUGUGGUAGUAUUAAUUAUCUGUGGACAAAAGUUAUUCGCUUUUCUUAAUUGGGUGUACGAAUGACAUUAUUGGUAUUAAAAAUUGUGACAAAAAAAAAACGCAUAAUUUAUCAAUAUUAUAUUAUUUGUU